AUGGAGGAAGCAUGGCUGAUUAGUCAGGGUGAGAUAGCGACAAAAAAACGAAUUGAAUGCAUGAUUGAUAUUUUGGCCGCCAAAGAAAAGCUUGAAGAACACAAAUACAAGAUGUCACUGAAUAGCGACGUCAGACAAGAAAAAACAAUAUACUCCACCCGGCAGCUAGGGAAGCGUAAAAGAUGUGAAGAGGAUAGUAUAAGUUUGGAAACUGAUAUCUUGCCUACAGGUGCCUUAUAUCAGGAAGCUGACAGUGAUAGUGGUGUCCAAACGGGUGACGAUGAAUGCAGCGAUGAUGCAGGAGUGAGUGAUGCAUGCGAGAAAGAGCUCGAAAGACAUGCAAUAGAAACCGCUCACAGUACGGGAGAAUGGAUUAUUUGUGAUACGAAGACUAAUAUACGAGACGAGCUCACUCGUUGGCAGUCCGCUAAAGAACGAAAACAUGACGACCUCGCAUAUUACGACAUUAUCGAUAUCACCCCAGGCACGAAUAGCGAUUUCCUGAACACGCUACCACAGGAUGUACUUCAACAAGUGAAAGGGUUUGGGUCAUCGCCACCUCAUGCUGAUAAUGGCAACCUUAAUGAAUUGAUUAUAAAAAUGGUCAAGGCGGAUAGUUUUCAAAAUGCAGUUAACGAAAACUUUCUCUUGACAAGAGGCGAUAUCAAUAUGGAAUUCAUGUGGGAUUUUGCAUAUCAACUGUCUUUUGAUCGCAGAGAAGACCUUCUUAGGGAGAAUCUAUCAGAGCGGAUGUAUCGGGAGUUUUUUUUAACACCAAUCAUGCAGAGCUUAUUCCAAGAAACAAGCAAAGAUAUGGAUGUCUUUUUUGGAGAGGUGGCCUUGUUUGCAUCUGCUGAAGACUUUGACUUGAGGAAAAGUGAUGCUGAAAAGCAUAGCAUCAGCCGGAAAAUUGAUAUCGUUUGGUCAACAAAGCCACCUAGAUUGGAAUUUGCAAUCGGCAAAAUUAGCGGACCACCCAAUCAACAUCAGCAUUCACGUUUUUUCGAGGAUAAAAUUAAAAUUGCAAAAAUGUUAAAAAUCAUGCUCAAUAGGAUCGUGCAGAUUUCUGGUGGUACCUGUGCUAAUAUCAAUAUGCUAAAACUUCACGGUUUACAAUUUUAUGGUCACGUGGCAAUCAUGUACGAAUUGACCGUACCGUUCCGAGGAUUAUAUUUAUUUAGAGAAGUGUUCAGGUCGCCACUACCUACCAGCAAUAUUAAUCUUGUGCAGCUACGCCGAUGUGUUCCAGCAUUGAUUCUAUUCAAGAUCCCAUGGGUAAUAAGUUUGACUGCAAUGACCUACAUUCCGAAGAAGAAAGACACUCAGAAGAAAAACACUCAGAAGAAGCACACAGGAAAAGCAAAGGAAUGA